UAUCAUCAAAGUACGAGAACACUAGGUUAGUCCGAGGAACACUUGAAAGCAGCAGCCUCACAAGUAGCUUGCUGUUGCGAGCACGCGCGUCCACGUGCUAUAUUGACCCAGAAAAGAGAGAGGGGGUCAACCUAGGACGUGGGGGUCCAGAGUGUCUGUGGAUCCACUAAAGAAUGAACUGACAUCAAAGAAAAUAUGGUUUUUACUACCUUCAUAAAGCCUAUCGGUUAUGUUUCCACUGAAAAUAGGCAACAUUGUAGAUAGGUACUUUGGCACUGAAAAACUUGCACGUCCUAAUGUGAUAAUGUAACCUAAAUAACACGAAAUUAAAUUAUGUCUCAGCUUAAGUAGAAUCACCUUGGAACUCGUAUUGGAAAAGGGUGCAUCUGGGAUAUUCCAAUAUUUUGCAAAACUCUUAACUGAUCAUUUUAGAGCUGUGCUUAAAACGCUGGAAUCAAUAGCAUGUGAUCAAUAGCAGACUUUUGGACCCUACUUUACGUAACUUUCCUGCUGUGAUCGAAGUAGCCUUAUGAAAAGGGGCUGAAUCUACAUGUCACAAACAUUAUGUAAAAUACUAACUGAUGCAUUAAUCUUAAGGCAAGGAACAGCUCAUUUAAAAUGUGCUUUUCUGUGAUAAUAUUAAAAGCUUGUACUUAAAAAGUCAUGUGGGCCAAAGACAGUAACGGUGUGAUAUAAUGAAUAUAAUCAGGGACAUAGGCUACCCACAGGAGACUGGUAAUAUCAAGAUAUGUCUGUUUUCCUCUCUCAUGUCACAUACACGUACACACAUAAGUACAUGUGGAAGUCAUUUGGGCUCGGUUAGGAAAGUCUUGACGUCAGUCUAUCUCCACACAGGCCCGGCUGUGUCGCCUCCCCCAGGACCAUCAGCCAUCAUUGCCAUCAAAACUCAUAAAUAAAUCCUUCACCAACGACUGCGUUUCAAGAUGCUGGCACAGUUGCUGGUGACUGAAAAGAUUAAAUGAUAGAUAAGUGUGAUGGACCCCGUGCCACAUGUUCUGGGCUCCCAUAUAUAAUUUCAAACAAUUCUGCCAUGUUUUACUCUGGAAAGAGGCUUACAAUUUCAGCCUGGCACUCACUUGGUUCAUGUACUCUAGCUGUUCACACCUUGUCCGUCUUUAUCCAUUUGACGCUCCUGAGAUGCAGCGUCACUGCAAAAGGGCCAAACCGACCGGGCUUCAUUCCUGAGUCACAUCUUCACCGGCGCAUGCCCGGACCAGUCGACUUCAGAAGUGAGAAGAUGCUUCUGCUGCUGCCAAACCACCUCACAUUAAAGCAAGCAGUUUGAUUUAUGUUCUGUUUAGAUUACAGCAAAACAGCCCAACCAUGAGGGACAGACUGAGCCACCUGCAGGAAAUGUCCAACGGCCAUGUGGAGCCAAUGGAGUAUGCGGAGUCCACUGUUUCAGACACCUUCAGCAACGUGGACCUGGAGGAGGAGUUGCCCCAUGAGGCGGUCGUGUUCGACAACAGCCCUGCUCUGGUGGAGAUCUUUGACCAGUCACAAAAUAUCCACAGGGAGAUCCAGCUUAUUCGCCUUGAGGUUAAAAGGCUUCAUGAGCAGAACUCUCGUAUGCUCCAUAGCGUCACCACCAUGAGCACUAUCAAAAGAGACUCUAACGUCAUUGGUGCUGAUAUAAAGGCUCGGGCAGAGGGCGUGUUGUCACGUCUGCGGGACAUGGAAGGUACGGCCCACAAGCUAGAAGAAGUGCACGGCUCAAAUUCUGCCAUCACACGCGUAGCCAGAACCCAGUAUGCUUGCCUCAGCAAUGGUUUCCGCGAUGCCAUGUUUGACUACAAUGAGGCUGAGAUGAGCCAUCGGGAGAACUGUAAAAUCCAGAUCCAGAGGCAAAUGGAGAUAGUGGGGCGUGAGGUGACGGGUGAGGAGGUGGAGGAGAUGAUUGAGACAGGCCGGUGGAACAUCUUUACUGACAACGUUGUGAGUGAAGGGAAAACGGCUCGAUCAGCUUUGUCCCAGAUUGAGAAACGUCACCAGGAGUUGGUGGACCUGGAGGCCCGUAUUAGUGGCAUCCAUGAGAUUUUCCUGGAUAUCGCCCUGCUGGUAGAGGAGCAGGGCCCCAUGUUGACCACCAUCCAAACCAACAUACAGAAAACUGAUGAAAACAUACAGGAAGCCCUUGUCAAACUAGGCAGGGCCAAACGUCAUGACAAGAACAACCCCUUCAAGAGGAUGUUUUGCAGUUGCUUCCCAUGCUUCAACCAAUGACUUUAGAGUACAGGGUUGGGUUGAGGAAUGGCAAAAUAUGUAGUCUUGAAAAAGAAAAGUACGGCAUCCUAAGGACAUUAAACAUUUUCUGAAUGUGUCAUUAGCACAUAGUUCUUAUUGUCACAACAUGACCCGCAGAGCUAUUGCAUAUUAACAUUUUUUCCAGGAAGUUAAAUAAAGGUUUAAUAGAAAGGUGUUUUUAUUGAGAAACAAAAAUACUAGAGUAAAAUUUUUAAAAAUUAUAUUUAAAUAAUCCAUUGAUGUCAAAAUUUCUGUAUGAAAGGUUUGGGACAGGUAUCUCGACCCAGAAUUCAGUCCCCCCAUGAGGUAUGAUGCAGUCCUGAAACAAAGAGUAUUUGAAAAUAUUUUUCAUAUUUUUAAGCCUGCAGAGUUUCCACAUGGAAGGGAUUUAACAAAUAACACAAUGCAAUGACUGUAAGAAAUAUUUUCGUAUAUCUAAUAAACUCCAAUGAUAUGUUACUAUAUGCAAGUUGAAUCACAACAUUUUAGUAAAAAUUAUUUUCCUUGUUUGAUGAGGUAACACAGAUCAAAUAAUUUGUCAAUGGACAUCAAACAUAUUUAACAUGAGUCUGAAAAUAUUUUAGAAAUGUUUAAUUGUUAAUAUUUUCUGCAUUUUUAUGUAACUAGCUGGUCUGUGUUCACCAAAAAUUGCACUAUACUCCCACAUUAAUUCCUCAUAUUCAGCAUCUCUUUUGAGCAACAGCUGUUUUACUAGGAUUUAUCAUGUUAUGACUUCAUGUAUAAUGAUACCUUUCUAUUGUCUACCUUUCCUCUGUGAUGUCUUGUAUAUUACAUAAAUAAUUAUAUUAAAAUACAA